AAUUUCUGACUGCGGCGGGGGCCGGGCAGCUGGGGCACCUAGAGCGGGCAGACAUACAAGACAGUCGGCCUGUCUCCGCGGCCCGUUUCCUCGCUCCCUAAAAUCCUUUUUUUUUUUUUUCAAUCCCCCCUUCGCUCGCUUUCCUCUUCUCCCCUUCCUCCUCGCUUGCUCCAUCGCGCGCGCCCCGCGCUAAUUACACCGAACCACCCACCAGUGUCCGUGUCCCUCGGGUCUCCCACCCACGGGCCCGCGGGGGUGUGUGUGUCUGGGGCCUCUCGCCCCGAUGAGGGCCCUGUACCCGUGAGCGAGUGACCCCAGGGGCGGGCUACGGAGAAAGCAGGUGGCGAGCGGCCCGCCGAGGCCUAGGCCGCGCGGCCUACGCGGAGGUCGGUGCAGAGGAACUAUGGAGGCCGCGCCCGGGACCCCCCCGCCGCCGCCAUCAGAGUCGCCGCCGCCGCCAUCGCCGCCACUGCCAUCAACGCCUUCGCCUCCUCCGUGUUCCCCCGACGCCUGCCCGGCUACCCCGCACCUCCUCCACCACCGCCUCCCGCUCCCUGACGACAGGGAAGAUGGUGAGUUGGAGGAAGGUGAACUGGAAGAUGAUGGGGCUGAGGAGACCCAGGACACCUCUGGAGGCCCGGAGAGGAGCCGGAAGGAGAAGGGGGAGAAGCACCACAGCGAUUCUGAUGAGGAGAAGUCUCACCGGAGGCUGAAGCGGAAGCGGAAGAAAGAGCGGGAGAAGGAGAAGAGGAGGUCCAAGAAGAGGCGGAAAUCCAAGCACAAACGCCAUGCUUCUUCCAGCGAUGACUUCUCUGACUUCUCGGAUGACUCGGAUUUCAGCCCCAGUGAGAAGGGGCACCGCAAGUACAGAGAGUACAGCCCCCCGUACGCGCCGUCCCACCAGCAGUACGCCCCGUCGCACACCACGCCCCUGCCCAAGAAGUCCUACUCCAAGAUGGACAGCAAAGGCUACAGCAUGUAUGAAGACUAUGAGAAUGAGCAGUACGGGGAGUACGAGGGCGACGAGGAGGAAGACAUGGGCAAGGACGACUAUGACGACUUCACCAAAGAGCUGAACCAGUACCGGCGCUCCAAGGAGGGCAGCAGCCGGGGCCGAGGCAGCCGAGGCCGUGGCAGGGGCUAUCGGGGCCGAGGAAGCCGCGGAGGGUCUCGGGGCCGAGGCAUGGGCAGAGGCAGCCGAGGCAGGGGCAGGGGCUCCAUGGGAGGAGACCACCCGGAGGAUGAAGAGGACUUCUACGAGGAGGAGAUGGAAUAUGGAGAAAGUGAGGAACCGAUGGGAGAUGAGGAUUACGACGAUUAUUCCAAGGAGCUGAACCAGUACCGCCGGUCUAAGGAUAGCCGGGGACGAGGGUUAAGUCGAGGCCGUGGCCGGGGUUCCCGAGGUCGAGGGAAAGGCAUGGGCCGGGGCCGCGGCCGUGGGGGCAGCCGAGGAGGGAUGAACAAGGGCGGGAUGAACGAUGAUGACGACUUCUACGACGAUGAUGUGGGUGACGGUGGUGGAAGCUACCGGAGGAGUGACCACGACAAGCCCCACCAGCAGUCUGACAAGAAAGGCAAAGUCAUCUGCAAGUACUUCGUGGAAGGGCGGUGCACAUGGGGAGACCACUGUAAUUUUAGCCAUGACAUCGAGCUACCAAAGAAGCGAGAACUGUGCAAGUUUUACAUCACUGGAUUUUGUGCCAGAGCCGAGAACUGCCCCUACAUGCAUGGUGACUUUCCGUGUAAGUUGUACCACACGACUGGAAACUGCAUCAACGGCGACGACUGCAUGUUCUCCCACGACCCUCUGACUGAGGAGACGCGAGAGCUCUUGGAUAAGAUGUUGGCAGAUGACGCGGAAGCGGGCGCUGAGGAUGAGAAGGAAGUCGAGGAACUGAAGAAGCAGGGCAUCAACCCCCUGCCCAAACCUCCCCCCGGCGUGGGCCUCCUGCCCACUCCGCCCCGGCCCCCCGGCCCCCCAGCCCCAACCUCUCCAAAUGGCAGGCCCAUGCAGGGUGGCCCCCCGCCCCCACCCCCACCCCCUCCUCCGCCCCCCGGGCCCCCGCAGAUGCCCAUGCCGGUGCACGAGCCGCUGUCCCCACAGCAGCUGCAGCAGCAGCAGGACAUGUAUAACAAGAAGAUCCCCUCCUUGUUUGAGAUCGUGGUGCGGCCCACGGGACAGCUGGCUGAGAAGCUGGGUGUGAGGUUCCCUGGACCCGGAGGACCCCCAGGGCCAAUGGGUCCCGGGCCCAACAUGGGACCCCCAGGGCCGAUGGGCCCAAUGCAUCCGGACAUGCACCCUGAUAUGCAUCCUGACAUGCAUCCAGACAUGCACCCCGACAUGCACCCCGACAUGCCGAUGGGCCCUGGCAUGAACCCUGGCCCGCCCAUGGGACCUGGAGGCCCCCCAAUGAUGCCCUAUGGUCCUGGAGACUCCCCACAUUCUGGAAUGAUGCCUCCCAUCCCACCAGCCCAGAACUUCUAUGAAAACUUUUACCAGCAGCAAGAGGGCAUGGAAAUGGAGCCAGGACUCAUUGGGGACGCAGAGGACUACGGGCACUACGAAGAGCUGCCGGGGGAGCCUGGGGAGCACCUCUUCCCCGAGCACCCUCUGGAGCCUGACAGCUUCUCUGAGGGAGGGCCCCCAGGCCGGCCGAAGCCGGGCGCCGGUGUCCCCGACUUCCUGCCCUCAGCCCAGAGGGCCCUGUACCUGAGGAUCCAGCAGAAGCAGCAGGAGGAGGAGGAGAGAGCGAGGAGGCUGGCUGAGAGCAGCAAGCAGGACCGGGAGAAUGAGGAAGGUGACACUGGAAACUGGUACUCAAGUGAUGAGGAUGAGGGUGGGAGCAGCGUCACGUCCAUCUUGAAGACCCUGAGACAGCAGACAUCUAGCCGACCCCAGGCUUCUGUUGGGGAGCUGAGCAGCAGUGGGCUGGGGGACCCCCGCCUCCAGAAGGGAGGCCGGCUGGCUGACCCCCGCCUCAGCCGGGACCCCAGACUCACUCGCCAUGCUGACGCUUCCAGUGGGUCAGGCCCAGGUGACACAGGACCCUCUGACCCUCGACUGGCUCGCUCCCUGCCCGCACCCAAGCCAGAAGGCAGCCUUCAUUCCAGCCCUGCAGGCCCCAGCGGCUCAAAGGGCUCUGGGCAACCCCCUGCAGAAGAGGAGGAAGGGGAGCGGGCCCUUCGAGAGAAGGCUGUGAACAUUCCCCUGGACCCCCUCCCUGGGCACCCGCUGCGGGACCCACGAUUGCAGCUGCAGCAGUUCAGCCACAUUAAGAAGGAUGUGACACUGAGCAAGCCGAGCUUCGCACGCACUGUACUCUGGAACCCUGAGGACCUGAUCCCUCUGCCCAUCCCCAAGCAGGAUGCAGUGCCCCCGGUUCCUGCAGCCCUGCAGUCCCUGCCUGCCUUGGAUCCCAGGCUGCAUCGUGCCGCCGCCUCAGGCCCCCCCAACCCCCGGCAGCGCCCAGGCCCCUCCACAGAUCCCAGCACAGCCGGCUCCAAUCUGCCUGACUUUGAGCUCCUUUCUCGCAUCCUCAAGACUGUCAAUGCCACUGGCCCUUCGGCAGCUCCUGGCCCCAGUGACAAGCCCAGUGACCCCCGAGUGCGGAAAAUGCCCACUGACCCUCGGCUGCAGAAACCAGCAGACUCCGCUGCCUCCUCCCGGGUGGCCAAGCCUGGUCCCACUGAAGCACCAUCUCCAGCCGCCAGCCCCAGUGAGGAGUCCUCCCCGCCAGCCACCGCCCCCUAUGAUCCCCGCGUGCUGGCGGCCGGUGGCCUGGGCCAGGGCAGCGGGAGCGGGCAGAGCAGUGUGCUGAGCGGCAUCAGCCUCUACGACCCUAGGACUCCCAACGCAGGUGGCAAAGCCGCUGAGCCGGCUGCUGAUGCGGGCUCCCAGCCCAAGGGCCCCGAGGGCAACGGCAAGAGCUCCUGCACCAAGGCCAAGGAGCCCCCGUUUGUCCGCAAGUCCGCCCUGGAACAGCCUGAAUCCGGGAAGUCCGGGGCAGAUGGGGGCGCGGCUGCAGCCACAGACAGAUACAACAGUUACAACCGGCCCCGGCCCAAGGCUGUUGCAGCCCCUGCCACCGCCACAGGCGCCCCAACACCAGAGGGCGCCCCGCCCCAGCCUGGCGUGCACAACCUGCCCGUGCCCACCCUCUUCGGGACGGUGAAACAGGCACCCAAGACGGGCACUGGAAGCCCAUUUGCUGGCAACAGCCCGGCCCGUGAGGGUGAGCAAGACGCUGGGUCCCUGAAAGAUGUUUUUAAAGGCUUUGACCCCACUGCCUCCCCCUUUUGCCAGUAGUGUUAAGCCGGAGACAAGCGCUCCUUGCACCCCACCCUUCCCAGGGCAAUAUUUAAGGGCAGCAACCAGAGCUGGGGACUGGGGGGAGGGGGGAGGGGGACUGAGUGUUCUUUCUUUUCUUUUUUCCUUUUUUUUCUUUUUUCUUUUUCUUUUUUUUUUUAAGUAGUACUUUCUUUGAAUCAUAUAAAAUGUAUAUAACCAUCUUCACUUCUGGUCAGUGCUGCGGGGCUCCUGGGCUCCCACCAAGAAAACCUACUUGUGCAUGUGAACAGUUGUGAGUCCCCUGGUCCUCAGCCCCAGCUGGCACUCCGCCUGGCCUGGCCAGGCCUGAUUUUCAGGGACUCCUUAAAGGCUGGGGGUCCAGUCUGGUGGCUGGGGGUCUAGUGGGUUUUCUGGGCAAAGCUUGGCCCCUCCUCCUCCACCUCCCCCACCCCCCCAGGACAAAGGGAACAGCAGUCGUCGAGAAGGCAAUGAACGCUGCUCACCCUGUGUCGCAUGAGCAAGAAGAGACAGAGGCAAGAUGGUGGGCAGGACCUGCAUGGAAGCAGGUCCAGGCAUUUCUAGAGCCCCGUCUCCUCUGCAGUGCGCAUGUCACGAUGACCCGCUUCAGGGGCCAGUGGAAGUGAAAGUAUCAAGCAAGAAAAGAAGAGCCCUCGGAAGCUGCCUGGGCUGGGAGAAACGAAGUCCUUUUCCACUGCUGUCUCGUCUGGAUUCACACAUGGCCCUCCCUGCCAUCCUCCGUCCAGAGUUCAUCCAUAAACCCGCGCCCUCCAGCCUGCGUCAGAAGACUCCAGGGUGAGAGAUGGACCUGGAGGCGGCAGGGCUGGUGUGGGGCGGCGUCCCCGAAGAGCUUCCUCCAGGAGGCAGCCUCUGCAGACCGCCUGUUUUCCGUCAGUAUUAGCACCUGUCCUGUUGUGUUCUGUCGUGUCACGGCCAUGCCUUUCUCCCCUCUUGUCGGGGUCUGUCCUGGGCCUCAGAAGCCAGAGCACCCUGCGUGCCGGCCCCGGCCCCUCUGGGGACAGCUCAAGGAUCCGUGGCGUGGCCACUCCAGCAGGCUCCUAACAGGGAGCCCUGGGUGGCUCUAGGCAGAGUGUUUCUGCUUUCUCCACUUUCUUCACACCUCUUUGCACCAUAUCUUUAGGGCUCGAGGUUUUGGUGUGUUUGGUUUUCUUCUAAGCUGACCAGUACGUGGGUUCAGAGGCGUGUGUGGUAUUGGAUUUGUGGAUGCUUCCAGGAAAGGGGCCUGAGGAAAGGGUGGGAGACUGGCCAGGGUAGGGUAGGGGCUGCUGGGCCCUUCCAGGAGAGGGACCGGGGACCCCCACUGCAGUGGGGACAUGGGACCCGAAGCCUGUAUCCCGCUCUCCUCAUCCGGCUGAGCCAGAAAGGGAGCAGAGAUGCCUGCCCCAGGGCCGCUGCCCAUCCCCCAGGACCCUGGCUGAGGUCUAGUCCUGUCCGCAGAGCCCCAGAGGAGGCCUACCCUGUGGAUGCAGCCUGGAGACUGGCCCGAGGGGAACCAGGUGGGGCCUUUGCUGCCAGGGGUCCUUCCCGCUGGGGUGUCAGUAUUUGCCAGCGGUCUCCUGCCCCAUCUCCUCAUCCCACCGCCUCAACCACAUCACUUAAGGCCCCUGACCCUUCCUUGCUGAUAAUGAGGAAACCUGGUGUCCCAGCUAAAGGGUUCCCCCUCCCACCUCCUUGGAGUGGGCGAUGCAUGAGGCUACUGUACCAAACCCCCCCUCCCUCAGAAAAGAAAUAGGUGUUAAGUUUGGGGCCAGAAGCAAGGGUGGGAGAGGUAGCCCCACAGGGUCAGUGUGCCAUGAUCAGGUUGGUUUGGUUUGUCUUUGUGUCUUUUGUUUUGUUUUUAAACAAUCAUUAGUGAGAUUUUUCUUCAGCCGCGAGUGUUGGCCUUGAAGCAGAGGGCUGCAGCCCUUGGUGUUUGUAAAAUAAGAAAGAAUACACAGGGUGGCUAUGGUUGGGUUUUUCCCCCCCCUUCCUUUGAGAAGUUUCUUUUGUAAAAGCAAAAUUAAAUGCUUUUUUAAAACUGAAAUCUGUGGAUGAAAUAGAAGCUGGAACGCUCCUCUUGGAAUAUUCAGCCUAAGAACCUCAUGGGACUAUGAAUUCACCCGAAAUUUUCAUUUGCCAUCAGGCCGAGCUUUUAAAGAAAAAAUUGUUCUCUAACCAGGAUUGUAACAAAAGUGUAAAUACUGUUUCAGAGUUGAAAGUUGAUGGUGCAAAUAUGUAUAUAAUGUACUGUAUUUUUACAAUGAUCGUCGCAUGACUCUAUUCUGCCCCCUUUUUGUACUCCAUAUCUGUCUUCCAGAAACAUCACCUGCCCUUUCUCCUGUGGUCUCUUAAUCCAGUAAUUGUAUUACUGCCAUUAAAGGAUGCAGUUAUUUUAAAAA